AAGGUAUUCAUCCGGAAAGAUACAAACUUCUAAACGAUCGGUCGCAAGUACGACUGGGCUGCAGAAGAGCUCAUGGAUCCAUUGCUGUAAAUGAGUAGCCAGGACCACGGAGCGGCAAUCGUGGCUGACAACAGCAACGAAGCUCGCCAGAAGCUUAGCCCUCCGCGGCGUGCACGCGCAUCCAUCUCAGCACCAGCCCAUGACGUUGUUCCCGUCUCGCUGUCGACUGAGGAUCACUGUGCAGCCUCCGAAUCUUUGAUCAACAUAUCUUCACCUGUGCAGAACAUUGACGAUCCCAACGAUUACGCAGAGAGCAUCGACGACCCAGACGAAUUUGACGACGAUCGCUUCUCCGUGGUGACUGUGUCCGCUGUAGGCAGCCUUAAUCUCUCCGAGAACGAGUUCGACCACGAUCACGAUUUUGAGACGUUUGAGCCGAUUGAGAUUGUGCAGGCACGACUUGCCACAGAAUCUACUCCUCGGUCCGCUUCACGCAUUCCUACCACGCAGACCAUAGACUCUGUCACCGCCAUGGAGGAGGGAGGAGAUGACUGGCGACAGGCAGGACACCACGCGGACCCGCAGGACUUGGCAGGGCCAGGAGCGCAUGGUCAGCUCAACUGCAAUGUGAGCAGUCCGCAAAAGGAGGGUGAAGGAACACAGAAUUCUUACGUCUCAUACCUCGUUACCACCGACACCGAUUUCAAAUCGUUUCAGUCAUCACAUUCGAGCGUCCGUCGAAGAUUCACGGAUUUCGUCUUUCUGUACACGACCCUCGUGAAGGAAUACCCACAAUGCGCCGUGCCACCACCGCCAGACAAGCACAACAUGUCAUACGUCCGCGGCGACCGGUUCGCACCUGACUUCACAGCGAGGCGGGCACAUUCGUUGCGGAGAUUUCUUGGCAGACUUGCUCUGCAUCCGGUCCUACGCCGAGCUACGAUUCUCACCCUGUUCCUGGAGUCUACGGAUUGGAAUGCUACCAUGCGAAGUCGACCCAAUCGUGGGAUGAGUGGCAGUGAUGCAGGAAACUCGUCAGUACUCGAGAGUUGGACAGACAGCUUUCUCAAUGCCUUUAGCAAGGUUCACAAGACAGACAAGCGCUUUCAAGACGUCAACGAUCAUGCUUCGAAGCUGGAUGAUGAUCUCGGGACCGUCAGCAAAGUCGUCGCUCGUGUUGCCAAGCGCGAGUCCGAUCUGGCCUCCGAUUACGCAGACCUCUCUACACAAUUCCAAAAGCUCGCUCAAUUGGAACCCAGUGUGCAAAAUGAUCUUAACAAAUUCUCCACCGGUGUUCAAGCGACCAGCGAGGGAUGGCGGGCCCUACACGAUCAUACCGAUCGGGACUAUUUGACAUCCCUCAAAGACAUGGAAUCUUACAUCUCAGCAGUGAAGUCACUACUCAAGACUCGCGAACAGAAACAGCUCGACUUUGAAGGCUUGACAGAUUACCUCAGCAAAGCACAUCAAGAGCGCGACACGCUCGCGAGCACACACAGCGCAAGCGGGCUUGGCGCCUCGGGGUUCAUCCGGGCCAAAUUAGAAGACGUCCGCGGUGUCGACCACGAACAAGCUCGACGGGAACGCGUGCGCAAAUUGGAAGUCUCCAUAUCUCGACUGACGGACGAGGUGGAGAAUGCGAAGAAGACAACCGAAGCCUUCGACGAAGAGGUAGUCAAGGAAGUGGCGGAUUUCGAGAGGAUCAAGGCGGUGGAAUUCCGCGACACCCUAGGCGGACUCGCUGACGCCCAUGUGGACUUUUUCAAGACCAAUAUUGAGAUAUGGGAGAAAUUCGUCAAGGAGGAAGAGGCGCUUAUGGCGGCUGAGGGCGAAACUGUGGUAGCAUAGAAAACAUUUACAGGGAUGGGUCGGUCGCUGAAUGGAGUUUCAAUAUCAUGUGUGGAGUCCCUUUUGAAGAUACCUACCUAGGUGGGUAUGCAAUAGAUGGAUUGCUGCGUAUUUCGAAGAUGCGGGUGGUCAUCGUCGCAACAAACAUCCAUCACGACCAACAAUAUACCAAUAUAUACGCACUGGAAGCGG